GGAAAAAUGAAGAGAACGUGGGGAGGAAAAUGCUUCGAGGAGGGAAGUGGGGAAUAACCGUCUCAACCGCCACAUCGUUUCAAACAAAAUAAAAUUUUAAAAAGAAAAAUGAAUCCAAAAUCAUCUUCUUGAAGCAUAAAUCCGCAAGAACAAAAGAUUUGAAUAUGGAUUUCAAGAAACUCAGUGUUCUGUGAAGGGAAACCAACAAUAAUGGAAGACAGAAGAUCACAAUCACAUGAAGUUUUAAGGAAAGGACCAUGGAAACUCGAAGAAGAUGAAGUACUUUUGAACCAUGUUAACCGUUUCGGCCCCAGAGACUGGAGCUCCAUUCGAUCCAAAGGCCUUCUUCAGCGGACUGGCAAGUCCUGCCGUCUUCGUUGGGUUAAUAAACUCAGACCCAACUUGAAAAAUGGGUGCAAAUUCACAGCAGAGGAGGAAAAAAUGGUGAUAGAAUUGCAAGCGCAGUUUGGGAACAAAUGGGCGAAGAUAGCGACUUACUUGCCGGGCCGGACCGAUAAUGAUGUAAAGAAUUUUUGGAGUAGUAGGCAAAAGAGAUUGGCUAGGCUUCUGCAGACAUCACCUGCUCCAUCCAAAUUGCAAAGAAGUGCUAAAAAGGAAACGCCAGUCGAUUUUGAUAUUCCCACCAUGGAGGCACCAAAGCUGAGCUCUGCAUCAGAGGGAGAGUCAUCCUCAAGGCCAAUGUUGUGUUUGUCGUCUUGCCGUGCCGAUUAUGUUGAACCUGUUAAUAUGUUCUGCUCGUUGCCAGAUUCGUACUGGCCCAAAUUACUCGGUUUUGGCCAAGACUUUCUUCAACCUGAAUUCAACUCGUUUCAGACCUCAAUCAAAUUCGAACAACAAAGCAAUUUCCACACUCAGUCACUAAGUUCAACAUUUUCAUCUCAAGGACUCCAUGAUCCCAACUUUGAUGUUUUUCUUGAAACAUUGGAUGUUUCUCAAUUAACUAACGAAGUUCAAUUUCCAUCUGGGCUGCAAUUCUACGAACCGAUAGGAUGUUGCUCAAGUCAUGAUGAUGUAAGGGAGAACGUCGACAACCCGGAAAGCUUCUUCAGUGAGUUUCCUGCUGACAUAUUUGAACAUAUAGAGCCGCCUCCGAGCUCACCGGAAAACUGAUACUUUGCCUCUUUCAUUUUGUAAAAUUGUUUGGACUUUGAUUUUGCAUCUGUAUCUGUGAAAUUGAUGUGUAAUGUUUUGCCUACUCAAUUGGUAUACUACACAAUAUGUUUGUUUUCUCA